AUGAACUCUGAUUAUGAAAGGGUCAAAUUUAUCUUUCCAAGUUUGGAUAAAUAUAUCAUAAUGGUAUUACUAAAAUUUAGAUUUAGGAUUUCAACAGGAAAAUCACCUUGGAGGAUUUGAAAUUUACAUUUACAAAUGUUCUGAAAAUAGAUUUAUUUUCAAAGAGGCCCCAAUUUUCUAUUUCUAAGGGUUUCAAUUUGAUUUAAUUAAAUUCUCAAAAAAACUUAAGUGAGCAAAACAUAUAGAAUUUUUUGUAAAAGGAUAAGAAUCACAUUGAAAUUACAGUCAAAUUUCUGGAAGAAGGAGCAUGA